AUGAUUGUAGGUGAAUGAAAGGUGAUCGCGAGUUCUGGAUUCUCAACAAUUUUCUUCCAGCAUCGUAGCUACUUUCCGUCUUAUUCACAUAAAUUUUAAGGUUGUUGACUUCAAUGGAAUCAAAGUCGAUUUCGACUGGGUAGCCAAGGAUUUCAAUUUCCUCUAUCGGUGGAAUCUUCUGGUCAACUGUGUCGUCUUUGUCUUUUACAAUGACAACACGACCAACGGUUGGUGUAGCCGUCACGAAGAUGACAUAAUGUUUGUGUUGGUAAAGUCGAUAACCAUUGACUUUGUUUUCAUGCAGAUAGGCAUCAUUAUCACCAUCGUCCCAGAAGAGUUCACCUUCUGCCUUCCACAAGAGGUCGUCGAUCUUCUCGAGCCCAGCUACGAUCUGUAG